GACAUCCGAGUGAGAGUGUUCCAUAGCACUGAUUGGGGAAAGAGCUUUAACCAGUUACACAGCCUGAAAAAACAUCACACCAUUCACAGUGGAGAGAGACAUUAUACAUGUCCUGUGUGAGGACAAGGCUUCAACUGACCAUUGGAUCUGGAGAGACACAAGGACACCCACACCAUGGAAAAACCGUGGAAAUGUGGGGACUGUGGGAAAGGAUUCAGAUCCCCAUCUGAGCUGGAAGCUCACCGACGCAGUCAUACUGGGGAGAGGCCAUUUGUCUGCUCUGUAUGUGAGAAGGGAUUCACUCAUUCAUCCAACCUGCUGAGACACCAGCGACUUCACACUGGGGAGAGGCCAUUCACCUGCUCUGAAUGUGGGAAUGGGUUCAGUCAGUUAUCCAGCCUGCAGUCACACCAGCGAAUUCACACUGGGGAGAGGCCAUUUAUCUGUUCCGAAUGUGGGAAGGGAUUCAGAAAUUCAUCCGACCUGCAUAAACACCAACGAGAUCACACUGGGGAGAGGCCAUUUGCUUGCUCUGAAUGUGGGAAGAGAUUUAUUCAUUCAUCCAACCUGCUGCGACACCAGCGAGUUCACACGGAGGAGACACCAUUCUCCUGUUCUGAAUGUGGGAAGGCAUUCAGUCAUUCUUCCAACUUGCAGAGACACCAGCGAGUUCACACUGGGGAGAGGCUGUUCAUCUGCUCUCAAUGUGAGAAGGGAUUCAGUAAUUCAUCUGACCUGCGGAAACACCAGCGAGUUCACACCGGGGAGAGGCCAUUCACCUGCUCUGAGUGUGGGAAAGGAUUCAGUAAUUCAGCUGACCUGCUGAGACACCAGCGAGUUCACACUGGGGAGAGACCAUUCACCUGCUCUGAGUGUGGGAAGGGAUUCAAUCAGUUAUCCCACCUGUUGAGACACCAGCGAGUAAAUCUAAACUAA